CUGCGGGUGAGAGUUGAAGGGUUGUGUUUUCAUCACCACAGUAAACAUGGCGGAGACAGAACAGGCGUCAGGCUCCUCCCAUGAGGAUGACAAACCUCCCAGUUCUGUCAGUUUCAACUUCAUGUUGCCAAAGAAGGAGAUCAGCAUGGUGCCUGAUAUGGGCAAAUGGAAAAGAUCACAGGCAUAUGCAGACUACAUUGGAUUCAUUCUGACCCUGAAUGAGGGAGUAAAGGGAAAGAAGCUUACAUGUGAAUACCAGGUGUCUGAGACAGUGGAGAAGUUGCUUGCUUUGUUGGGAACAUUAGAUCAGUGGAUUGAUGAGACGCCACCAGUAGACCAGCCUUCUCGCUUCGGCAAUAAAGCUUUCCGAACAUGGUAUGCCAAACUUGACCAGGAGGCAGAGGCUCUGGUUGCUGGAGUUCUGCCAGCUGAGCGUCAGGAUGCUGCUCCAGAAAUUGCCGUGUACCUCAAAGAGUCUGUGGGCAACUCCACCAGGAUUGACUAUGGCACAGGUCAUGAGGCCGCGUUUGCUGCGUUCCUCUGCUGUCUUUGUAAAGUGGGAGCUCUGCGCAUGGAGGACCAGCUGGCCAUUAUAUUUAAUGUUUUUGACAAGUAUCUGCGAGUGAUGCGCAAACUGCAGAAGACGUACAGGAUGGAGCCAGCAGGAAGUCAGGGCGUGUGGGGUCUUGACGACUUUCAGUUUCUUCCCUUCAUAUGGGGAAGCUCACAGCUUAUAGACCACCCAACCCUGGAGCCCAGACACUUUGUGGAGGAGAAGGUUGUAAACGAGUACCACCAAGACUACAUGUUUCUGGAGUGCAUUAAGUUCAUCAACGAGAUGAAAACGGGCCCUUUUGCCGAGCACUCAAAUCAGCUGUGGAACAUCAGCGCCGUUCCUUCAUGGUCCAAAGUCAAUCAGGGCCUCAUCCGAAUGUAUAAAGCAGAAUGUCUAGAAAAAUUCCCCGUCAUCCAGCAUUUCAAGUUUGGCAGCCUCCUCUCCAUCCAGCCAGUCAAGCCAUGAGAAACAACAAAACAAAUGCACACCUCUUCAGAGCACAACCAAGACCCCAACUCUGGACGAAUCUGCUUCAAUCCCAUGUUAACAAACCUUAACAUGUGCUCUCUUCACAAGAGGUGAACGAUCUUGCUCCUGUAGAUCUAUUUUCCUAAGGAGUUCAGUUUCAAACCUGCUCUAAUACAUACUUCCCAAAAUAAAGUAAGCAAACCUGUUGACCUUGAUCAUCUGGUUCAGGAGUAUUUGAGUUGAACUGAACUCCGCAGGACGGUUGAUCUCAAAAGCCCUGCUCCUCACAAUCUAUUAGUUGUGCAAAUCAAAUCCCACUUCUGAUAUUCCUCCUAAGUGAUGCAAUUUGUCUGUAUGGUUUUAUUUAUCUACCCCCCAUGCAAGCAGGAAUUUGAACUGCUCAGACACCUGCAGUGAGCAGUAAUGCACAUAUAUAUUUUCAUCUGGCAUUUCUAUUUAUUUAUGUGUAUAUAAAGAACAGCUUGUCACAGUGAACGGUUGAAGGCUUGGUUUUGGUUUAAUGGGUUUUUAUUUCCUGUGUGCAAAGAUCUGAAGCCAACGAACAAUAAUGUGUGUUUGUGAGGUUUUUUUGGAGCAUCAUUGUCUUAAAAAGCACUUCAGAAGUAACUUGCUAUUCAGUUAUCAAAGAUUGCUGAGGCGUGUUUGCUGUGAAUAGUAUUUUUUAAACUGUGUCAGACAUUAAUAAGUUGUGAACCUCUGUAGUUCUAAAGUUUUUGCUGUGCUUAUUUCUUUCAUAUUCUCUUCACUGCAAAUAGGAUGAGUAAUCGAUGUGUACAAAUGUCAAGAAAUCACUUAAAGCUAACAGUUUGGUAGCAGCCACAUGUAGCUAACACCAUAGUCUUCCAUUGCUAAAUCAAAGCAAUGAAUUGAAAUCCGGAAGUUUAUUAUUAUGCUAAAUCAGUGAAGCGUAUUUGGUUUUUAAAGUUCAUUCUGUGUAAAUAAAUGGGUUCUGUCUGCUUCAAAA